AGAUAAUAUUUAUUGUUAUAAACACCACUAAAAAAGUUCUACAAUCUACAUGAGUGGAAAACAUUAUUGGAUCGUAUUUGAUUUAUGAUUUACUAUUGUUGUUCUGUAUACACGGGAUUGUUCAAGUGUUACGCAAUUAGCGAAUUAUAUGCAUAAAAAUCUAAAAAAAUGGAAGUGCCGAGUAAUGUCGACAAAUCGACCAGUAAGUACCUAUGGGUUUAAGAUAUUUUCUUGACGUUAAUAAUAAAAUUCAAGUUAUCUUUAUUUGAUCAAUUUUUAAACUAUUGCAUCAGCUAAUCAUACAAAUUCAUUUUACUUUUAGAUUCUAUCAUUAAAGUAUAUAAAGUAAUUAAAAUCACUCGGUUUCCUAUUCAUAGCCCUCUAGGUAGAUAUUUGUUUUUUGCUACUUUCUUAACGUGUUGAACUUGUCAAUUUACUCAAUUUUUUCCAAUCUCCAGUUCUUAAUCUGGUUACAAUUACACAGGCAUAAUAUGCCUUUUGUUUUUGGGAUGAUAACUAUCAAUGUAUUUUCUUAAACAUAGAUUUUUUUCUAUAAUAUGAUACUUUUCAUAAUUUGUUUUUAUAUUUCCACCCUUUUAUGUCAUCUUAACUAACCUACCUUUAAAAAUAAAUUAUAAAAAAUAUUAUUCAUAUAUUUGUGGUUAACCUUAUAUUGUAGAUUCCAUUUAAUAUUUUCAUUCUAAUCAUAAUAGGUUAGAUACAAUAUACCGUGUUUGUAAACUAGAUCAAUUCAAGUAAAUAAAACUAUUUUUUAAAAAAAAGUUAUAAACAAGGAUGGAUUGUUUUUAAUUUAAAUUAUUUAUAUUUUUUGGUCGUACGAGUAAUAUGUCAAAAGCCGAUCAGCUUCUUUCACAACUACCAAAACCUACUCCGUUGCCGAGUUUUGUGACUGAUGCUUUAAAUGGUGAACAUUUGUCAUUACUAUAGUUUUAUUUUAUGCUAUAAUAACCUUUUUUUUUUUUUUAACAUUUCUAUAGAAUAUAAACCAACACAAACAAAUCCUGUAUUAAAUGCAACAGAAACGACUAAUCAAAACUUUCACACUCCAAUGUUUUCGUAAAAAAUACAUUUUUAACCAACUAUAAAUAUGAUUGUAUUUUUAUUAAUGAAGUAUUUAUAUUUUUGUUCAUAGACCAGUAAUCACUAACAAAAAUGAAGAUAAUUUUGAUAUGCCUACAAGUCCUGCUAGUGAUGGUGGGACUGAUAAAACUGUUAAAAGUGAACAAUCUAGCAAAGGGGAUUUGUUUAAUUGGAUGAAGGGUAGUAGUUCAAGUAUUUUUUCUAUGGUUGCUGAAAAGGCAAAGAAUUCUGUGGAUGCUGUACUUACAACCCUAGAUCCUCAAAUGAAGGACUCAGUGAAUCGUAAAUAGAAAGAAUAACCAGUAUUUUUAAUAUUAUUAUAUAAUUCAUAUAUUUUUUAUGUUUUAGCCAAUAGUUUUGAAGUAGUUGUUGCCACUGAGAAAGAAAUUGUUGUAAGUGCUGUUAGAGAAGGAUUUCAAAAGGUUUUCGGAACUGCAGUUGUUAGGUACCUAGUAUUUUUAUAUUAGAAAAAUAUUAAGUGAUACAUAAACAAAAAGAUAAAAAGUAAUUAUUUUUAGAGGACUUGAAUCGCCGAGUCAUCCUUUUGCUAAGCAAUUGUUUGGUUUUUCUGCAGCAUCCAAAGCUACGAGGUAUUGCAUAGAUUCAGUUCGAUUGCAUGUAGCAAAAGGACCCAUUGUUGCCUUUGAAAGGUUUAUAGUUGAACCAAUGGAAUCUAAGUAAGACAAAUAUUAUAAAUUGAUGUAUUGAACUUUUGUUCAAGUAUAAUGGAUAUUUUUUUCCAACAAGUAUUAUUUUCAAAUAUUAGGUAUUUUAAAGUGUGUGUUAUUUCAUAUUUAAGAGAUAUGAAAGAUAAAAUUGUCUUAGAUUACUGCAGUUUUUUUACAUUCAAUACAAUUCUUGAAAUAUGGUUUUUAAAAUUAUGUAUAGGUUUUAUGAACUUGGUUUUUUGAAACUAAAUGACAUGGAACGAAAUAUAGAUGUAGAAGUUUACACACAAAGUGUUCCAGUGCCUACAUCAAUUGUUUCAUUGAUUCGAGACGAUACACCAUUAGAUUAUGAACAGAUAUCAACGGGAUUCAGUAUACCAGUCGCCCAUUUUAUGGCUAGCAAUUUGAAAGUAAAAUAUAAUGGUUUAUUGCACAAAUUAUAACUGAAAUAUUUUGAUUGCACUUAUUUUUUAGGUACAUCCGUCUGAGUGGCAAGAAAUCAUGACUGGUGUAAGUCAACGAUCAUCUUUAGUAGCUGCUGCAGUUUCAUUGGCCAUGUCUUAUAAAAACGCUUUAGAGUGAUGCCAUUUGUAAUUAUUCUUCUUUAAAAAAAAUUACAUAUACAUUACUUAUUAAAUCAAUUACUUAUAGUAAUAAAUUUUGUUAUAAAAUUGUAUUGAAUCUGUAUUUUAUUUUACUUUUUGCAACGGAUUGUGAUUUUUGCUUAUAUUUUAUUGUGCACACAUUGUUAAUGUUAGGGUUUAUAACUUUUAAACUAAAGUGUAUUAUUGACA